CAUGGCGGCGGCGUUGAUUUCUAGACAAGUUCUGUGCAACCGGCUUCUCAGUUCCAAAUUGGCACUAUGCAAAAGGACAUUGUCUGUAUCGAGUAGUAUUUUUCAAAAGCCGCCAGCGCCAGGACAGAAAAAGGUCUACAAGAGAGAAAAACCACACUUGAACAUCGGUACAAUAGGGCACGUGGACCACGGCAAGACGACAUUGACAGCGGCAAUCACUAAAGUUCUUUCCCAAAAGAAGGGAGCAAAAUUUCUCAAAUAUGACGAUAUUGACAGAGCACCUGAGGAGAAGAAGCGAGGGAUUACAAUCAACACUGCUACAGUGGAAUACAAUACAGAAAAACGUCAUUAUGGUCAUAUUGAUUGUCCGGGGCAUGCCGAUUACAUAAAAAAUAUGAUAACAGGAACUGCCCAGAUGGAUAGCUGUAUUUUAGUAGUGGCAGCUACAGAUGGAACUAUGCCACAAACUAGAGAACAUCUACUUCUUGCGAAACAAAUUGGUAUUGAACAGCUGGUGGUGUUCAUUAACAAGGCCGAUGCCGCUGAUGCAGAAAUGAUCGAGUUGGUGGAAAUGGAAGUCAGAGAAACACUUAAUGAGUUUGGAUUUGAUGGGGAAAAUACUCCUAUUGUUGUUGGUUCAGCUUUGCAGGCUCUUGAAGGGGUCAAUGACGAACUCGGAGCUGAGAAAGUUAGGGAACUUCUUGAUGCAGUUGACAAUUAUAUCCCUGAUAUGGUUCGAGAUCUAGACAAAGAUUUUCUUAUGCCAGUUGAGUCUGUUUUUACCAUUUCUGGUCGUGGAACAGUGGUGUCUGGUCAGGUUAUGCGCGGUGUUGUAAAUAAAGGAGAUGAAGUUGAGCUUAAAGGUCAUGGGGUCACUAUUAAAACUCUACUUACUGGAAUUGAAAUGUUCAAUAAGAGUCUAGAUCGGGCAGAGGCUGGAGAUCAACUUGGAGCACUUUUGAGGGGUCUGAAAAAAGCUGAUGCCAGGAAAGGAAUGACACUAUCAAAACCUGGAACCAUUCUUUCAGUAAAUAAUAUUACAGCAAAAGUUUACAUGCUAAGUGCUGAAGAAGGUGGAAGAAAGAUUCCCUUUGUGAAAGGCAGUCAAGCCCAGAUUUACAGUACAACUUGGCGAUGUCCAGUUUUCUUUCAGUUAACAGAGAGCAAACCCUUGUUAAUGCCAGGCGAAGAUGCUACAGUUGACAUGUAUCUUCUGAAGAACAUGUGUAUGGAUGUCGGACAGCGUUUCACCAUUCGGGAUGCCAACAUUACCACAGGGUAUGGCGUGGUGACCACCAUCCAUCCUGACGUCGACAUGGAAACCUAUCUUGGGGACAGGAGAAAGAUGAAAUCAGCAAAGAAAAAAGCAGAAAAGAAGGCUGAGAUGGAGGCUGGGAAAUAGAAGAAUUAUAAUCAACUAGUUCUUUGUGAGAAUGGUUCAGUAUGGAAAGAUAUAGAAGUAUUUGAAUCAUAGUAUACCAUUGAAGGUAUCGUCAAUGUUGUUGUAUUUAAUGUAAGAAAGAGUUCUAUAAAUAUAAGCAUGAUAAUUUAGAUGCAAGGGAUUCCAUUGCUACACAAAGGCUGUUCAUUUGCAGACCUACUCUAGUGCUACAAUAUACAAGUUUAUAAAUCCAAAGUUUAACGUGAUAAAGUUUUCAAAACUUGUUCAAAACUUGUGAUCUGAAGUGAGUAGAGCUUGGUCCAUUACAGAAUAUUAGUGGACAGAGACGUUGGAACAAAUGUGUUUUUUGGUAAAAUUAAAUUGUGUACAAAAUUAUUUGUAAAUGUAUAUGAAAGACGCUUUCGAAAACUUUAAUCACUCCACAUAACUUGAUGCCAAAUCAUGUUUCUCUAUGAAUGGUGGCUAUCUAGUUGAAUGAUAUUCAAUAUUUUAAGAUGCAGAAAGCAAAAGUCAUUUUUUUCAUUCAUUAUACCUGAAGUUUUCCAACUGAGAAUUUUUGAAUUCUUGAAAUUAAAUUUUGAAUAUUUUCUUUUACCUUAUUCAGCAAGAAUUAUUUGUACCUUGUCUGAACAAAUUAUAUGUGAUACAUACAUAGUGUAUAUGCAAUUUGGGUGUUUAAUCUGGGAAACCAAUAGCAAAGAUCUAUAUUGAGCAGUGCAUCAAUGUUAAAACUUUGAUUGUACAAAGGAAGUACAACUUGUAUAUUUGAAUUUAAAAAAAUACCAGCCAAAAUAUUUUUGAUCUUGGUCUUUGGUGUUAUUGUUUUCUGAUAGUACACUCAUCUUUAAUGUUACUGAUUAUAAACUCUCAGUUUUAGUAAUGAUAAUGUUGACUGUACAUUAGUUUCUUGUUUAUGUGUGUUGACAUCUUGGCAAGUCAAUACUUGAUAUUUUGCAGUAAGUGUUUUUCAAAUAUUGUUCAUUUUUAAGACGUGCAUGGUCGUUUUAGGUUUUGUCAUUUCAAAAUCACUAGCAGAUAUAACCUGAGGUACUUGACGAUCCUAUUAGUGUUUUAUCAAGAAAACAAUUUGGUUUACUCUCUGAAAUUUUGGUAUGGUAUUCUGAUACUAGUGAGAGUUGAAGUAUGAUAACAUCAAACUUUGAUAUAAAACUUCCCCACGGAUGAUUUUUUUGAGUUUUUGAAAUCGUCUUGUCAUGAUGUCAUUGUCAUUUUGUCUCUUAUAUUGAGUGAUGAUUAAAAUAAAUCAGAUUAAUACCAA